AUGAUAUGGAGUAAUCCAGUAGAAUCCCCGCAUUCGAGAAAGGACGCCCGAAGAUCAGCCAAUCUGGACUUCGACGCCCGCGUCCCCAUCCCCUUCAGUGUCUUCCCGUCGUCGUACCGGAGUGACGCUGUUCCCCAUCUGACCCCGGAGAAAGAAGAGGGUCAAGUCCAUCUCGAUCACACUUCGCACGUCGACCGGGAAGAUACUGGAGCUGCCCGUCUUCCCGAGCCUCGUGUUUACGGUCAGGAAGAGGUUGAUCUCCAUCUGCAUCGAGAGAGUCAUCCGUCGCCCAGGAAGAACAAGCCCCGUCGUGACGAGUUUGUGGAUAUCUCUGCCAGCUCGCGUGUCUCGCAUCCGGAGGUUCAUUUGACCCGUGAAAGCUACCGUGAACCCUCGGUCCGUUUCCAAGACAAACCCACCUACGACCAAUCCGUUGAGAGUCAGAUCGAUAUCACCGAAAGGGAAUAUCGUCGUCGCGUCCACCCGACCUACGACGUCAACCACUCCCGGGAUUAUCCUUCCGACCCCGUAGACUCCUACUCGAGCCCUCCCCAGGCCACCGACGUCUCGUACAGUCGCGCUCCUCGUGAGGACGUCCCGUACGACCGCGCCUACCAGCCCGCCCCCGUCGACAUCUACCCCGCCGCCUCGGCCUACUCGCGUUCCGCCGUUGACUCUCAGCCUGCCGGUUCCAUCCCCGCAGUCUCCUCCCGCUCUAAGGUUUCUUCCCCAACCACUGUAGUUGACCAACCCCCUCGCAAGAUGGGUUACUACGACGACGACGGUAAAUACCACUCCUUCCGGCGUGGUGUGGAGCGCGCUGCCGACCGCAUCAUGCACCCCUUCCACCAUGACCACCAUCACCAUCAUCACGACAGUGAGGACGCCGUCGUUGCUGACGACCGUGGUCCAGUUCGUUUCCGUGAUGGCGUCCGUGAGGAAGUCCGCGUUGUGGAGCCUCGCGCCCGCCCCACCAAGGACACCGUCCCCAUUCCCUGCCACUACAUCCGCGUCGGCGACAUCCUGAUCCUCCAGGGCCGCCCCUGCCAGGUCAUCCGCGUCUCCGUCUCCCCCCAGACCGGCCAGCACCGCUACCUCGGUGUCGACCUGUUCUCGCGCCAGCUGCAGGAGGAGUCGUCCUUUGUCUCCAACCCCUCGCCCUCCGUCGUCGUCCAGACCAUGCUGGGUCCGGUCUACAAGACCUACCGCAUCUUGGAUCUUCUCGACGACGGCCGCAUCGUCGCCAUGACCGAGAGCGGCGACGUCAAGCAGGGUCUGCAGGUUGUGACCCAGGGCGGUCUGUUCCGCCGCAUCCGCGACGCUUUCGAAGAGGGCCGUGGCAGCGUGCGCGCUCUGGUUAUCAAUGACGGCGGCCGCGAGCUGGUUGUGGACUUCAAGGUGAUCCACGGCAGCCGUCUGUAA